AAUUUAACCUAUGGUAGCCGCUAAACGUCAAAUUAAUUAAAAAGACAACAAAACAAACAAAAAUGGAAAUAAUAGCGCAAACAUUACAUUUGGACAAAGUGUGCAGAGUAUGUUUAUUCGAAUCGGAACAGAUGUUUUCAAUAUUCAGUAUUCUAUGUGAUAAUGGCUCAAAAGAUGAUUCUCCUUGUAUCUUUGAAAUGUUGAUCAGUAUUUCUAAUUUUAAGGUCGAAUUAAAUGAUGGACUUCCAUCACAAAUUUGUUCAGAAUGUAUCUAUAAUACUCUCUCAGCUUAUAAAUUUCAAAAGCAAUGUAACAAAACACAAGAAAUUUGGGAUAACUAUAUCAUUCAGCUAGAAAAUAUUAAAGUAACAGAAAAUGUAAAUGUUUCCAUUUCAGAACAGUUCAUCACAUCCAAUGAUUUGGUAGAUUCUAUAAACAUUUCCAGUGAGUUAGCCAAAGAAACUGAUAUUACAAAUGAUCCUAACAAUUACAAAGUUAAUGAAGCUGAUGAUCUUGAUAAUGAUGUAUUUAGUGACAUCAGAAUUGAAGAUGGAAUUAAAAUAGAUGAGUCUGGAGAAGUUGAUUUUUCUUUAGAUGAUCAUUUGAUGUCCAAUUUAGACAUUCCAGAUGAAAGUGAACCACCAGAUGUUCCAAUUGAAAAGCCAUCUACAGAAGUUGUGAAUGAUUCAAACAAAGAUCAAAGUGAAGUUACCAAUGAUAAGAAAUAUACAAAGAAGAUGGAAAAUGGACAAUGGGUGUAUUCUUGCAAUUCUUGUGAAAAAGUAUAUCACCACUCCAGUAGUAUGAGAAACCAUAUGAAGACACAUUCCAAAGAAAGACCACAUGUUUGUGCAUUGUGUGGAAAAGCAUUUAUUCAUUAUCAAUCUCUUAACUAUCACUACAGAUCGCAUACUGGAGAACAACCAUACAGUUGCAAAAUAUGUGGAAAAGCUUACAGGCAAUCUGGCACUUUAACGGCCCACAUGAGAAUCCAUACUGGGUCACGUCCAUUUUUGUGUUCUAUAUGUGGUAAAGGUUUUAGACAAGCUCCAGAUUUAACUUAUCAUAUGAGAGUUCAUACUAAGGUUAAGCCAUACAUGUGCAAUGUUUGUGGUAAGACAAUGGCUAUGCAAAGUCAUCUUGUGCAUCAUAUGAGGACUCAUACCGGAGAGAAACCAUACAAAUGCGAAUUGUGUGAAAAAACAUUUCGCUCAUCAUCAAUGUUAAAACGGCAUGUAGUAAUUCAUACAGGGCUCAAACCCUUUCAAUGUGAAAUUUGCAAGAAAUGUUUUAACAGAAAAAGUACUUUACUGGUACAUGCCAAAAUUCAUACAGAUGAAAGACCACAUAUUUGUCCCAUCUGCAACAAAGGUUUUAUUCAACAGCAUGCGUUACGAUCCCAUAUCUCCCUACACUCUUCAGUAACAUCUGAACAAAAGGAAACUUCUGUAGAAUAAUUUAUCUAGUGACAAUUUAUGUUACGUAUAAUGUGCAAUGUUAAUAGCUUUAAAUGUAUGUGUUAAUUGUUUCGUUAAUAAAUAAAUAUGUGAAAAUACAUAGAUACAAUAUCAA